UCUCCUUCCAUCCAGCCCUCUGCACCAUGCCCAUCCAGAUCUACCAAGGCCUGCCCGAGCUCUUCUCGUCAUCGAACCCGCUCAAGCGGGACUUUGAUCCUUCUGUUCCGCAGCCCAUCAUCCGCUUCCACCACAAGAACGUCCGUCUCGCCUUCAACCCCGACCCUCCAGCGCUCUCGCUCGACACUUCCAAGAAGGGCGAUCUCUAUGUCGUCGAAUCCGAGCUGAUCUGGCACGACCCCGAGAGCUCCACCUCGAUCGCCAUUGACUAUCCCUCGAUCCUGGUGCAUGCACUCUCCCGCUCCGGCGAUCGAGUGGAUUCGUCGCCGUGCAUCUACUGCCAGCUCGAUGGCGCCGAGGUCGUCGAUGCCGCCGGCUAUCGCAUUCCCACCAUCCUUCCGUUCAAAGAAGUCGAAGAGUCUGCCGAUCUCGACACCGCCGCCUCUGCCCAAGCGAUGCAGGUCGAGCCCAGCCACGGCAACAACGCCAAUGACGAUGAUGCUGACGAAGAGGCUGGCGAGGAAGCCGGCGACGAUGACGAGUACGAAGACAUGCACGAUAUGCCGUGCUUCGAGCUGAGACUGAUUCCCGACGAUGCUACUGCACUUGAUAGCAUCUAUCUUGCGCUCUCUGAGUGUGCGUCACUUCAUCCUGACAAGAACGCCGAAGAGGACGGAGAUGAGGAUGAGGGCGAAGACGGGGACGGCUGGAUCUAUGGUCCGAGUGAUGAUAUCGAGCUCAGCGAGGUGGGCGAGGCUGCCAUGCGCCAUAUCGAGGCGGUCUUCGAUGUCCAACCCCGCAAGAAGGGCAAGCUCGAUCACGAAAACCAGUUCGACGAUGCUGACGGCGACGCCGAUCCCAGUCGCUGAUUGUGCGCUUGCAUCCGCGAAUGAAAAGAAGCGACCGUCGCUCAACUUGUGCAUGGGCUUUUGUACCGGCCACGCACUUCGCAAGCAAUCGGGGAUCCCGCACCUCACAACGCUACUGCCCUUGCGAGGAUGCUUAUGGUCUUCUGGCGUGGCCAUUCGCUGCAGCUCCCAAGCGCCACCCGACGCUCGAAUAUGCGAGCAAGGUGUUUGGCUCAAUCAGUUUCAAACAAUAAAGCCAUCGUCAUAUCCGCCCACGCGCCAAA